CCAUCGCUUUUCUCUCCUUCCCUUCCCUCUUUUCCCUCCUCCAUCAUCCUUCCUGUUUCCAUUCUCAAUUCGACGUCAUCCCCCUAACGUCCCUCCCUCUUUUCAAAAUGUCUGCUCCUGCUGCUUUCUCCGACAUCGCCAAGGCGGCCAAUGAUGUAUGCCCUGCUGAAAUCCCAGUCCUCUUGCGUGCUGUCGACCUUGGCUGAGGACAGCUCCUCGGGAAGGGAUUUUCGUGCUAACAAUCGACGCAACAGCUCCUUAACAAGGAUUUCUACCACACCAGCGCUGGUAUGCAUCUUCUCGCCCGCUCUCGCUCGCCAUUGCGAUUGAGAUUUUCAGCUUUUAAGUGCCUUUCAACUGACGGAAUCCCAAUUUAGCCAGCCUCGAGGUUAAGUCCAAGGCCCCCAAUGGCGUCACCUUCAACGUCAAGGGCAAGUCCGCCCACGAGGGUCCCAUUGCCGGCACUGUAAGUCCAGCCUGGUCAUCCAACCAACCAGAUGCAAUACAGAACCGUCUCUAACAGAUCUCUCUGCGAAUAGCUUGAGGCCAAAUACGUCGACAAGCCUACCGGUAAACGCCCCCUACGACGCAGACCACCCGACCCCAAUUGCACACCGCUGCGCGAGCCUAAACCCAUGGAACUCAUGUUCUCGUGUGGUCAUGUCUUGUCCAAGCGGUUCCUAUUCUUUUUCACCUCAAGGAUAAGUGAUCAUGCAGUCAGGCUAAUAUUCCGUCCCCGCUCAGGCCUUACCCUCACCCAGGCUUGGACUACCGCCAACGCCCUCGACACCAAGCUCGAGCUGGACAACAACAUCGCCAAGGGCCUGAAGGCUGAGAUCCUGACCCAGUACCAGCCCGCCAAGCAGUCCAAGGGCGCCAAGCUCAACCUCCACUUCAAGCAGCCCAACCUGCACGCCCGUGCUUUCUUCGACCUGCUCAACGGCCCCUCCGCCAACUUCGACGCUGUCCUGGGCCACGAGGGCUUCCUCGUCGGUGCUGAGGGUGGCUAUGACGUCCAGAAGGCCGCCAUCACCAAGUACUCCGCUGCCGUUGGCUACAGCGUUCCCCAGUACACCGCUGCCAUCACCGCCGGCAACAACCUGACCGUCUUCGCCGCCAGCUACUACCACCGCGUCAACGCUCAGGUCGAGGCCGGUGCCAAGGCUACCUGGGACUCCAAGGUCGGCAACUCCGUCGGCCUUGAGGUUGCCAGCAAGUACCGCCUGGACCCCUCUUCCUUCGCUAAGGCCAAGAUCAACGACCGUGGUAUUGCCGCUCUGGCCUACAACGUUCUCCUCCGCCCCGGUGUCACCCUCGGCCUCGGUGCCUCCUUCGAUACCCAGAACCUCAACCAGGCUGCCCACAAGGUUGGCGGCAGCUUCACCUUCGAGGCUUAAAUGUGCCCAAAUACCAUUGGCGCCCCCUUCACUCCUGAGGCCUUUCGUGUAGCCCGUGGGUCGCAGAUUUUGAAACAUACAUAAUAGCUAGAUAUGCCGUCACGUUUGCGCUCUGGUUGGUCCUGACGAGAGGAAACUUUCUGGAGAGAGUGGGUCGUUAUUGAAUGUCAUUUCUAUUUAAUCAUGUAUCGUAGUUGUGGACGAUAAUUGUAUAUCAAUCAAGUCUAAAUUUCCUUUGUUGCUAGAGGGACAGCCUAUAUGACUAU